CCAGGUGGAUUGGAGGUGGAUUCAAAUUGUUCUAUCAUGGUGUGGAUGGGAGGAGAAAUGGGGUAGGAGUUAUUCUGAAGGAACAGUAUGUCAAGAGUGUUUUGGAGGUGAAAAGAGUGUCAGGAAGAGUAAUGAUUAUGAAGCUGGAAAUUGGAGGUGUGAUGAUGAAUGUUGUUAGUGCAUAUGCACCGCAGGUUGGGUGUGCAAUGGGUGAGAAAGAAGAUUUUUGGAGUGAGUUGGAUGAAGUGAUGAACAGUGUACCCAAGGGACAGAAAGUGGUGAUUGGAGCGGAUUUCAAUGGGCAUGUUGGUGAAGGGAACAGUGGAGAUGAGGAGGUGAUGGGUAGGUAUGGUGUCAAGGAGAGGAAUGAAGAAGGUCAGAGGAUAGUGGAUUUUGCCAAAUGGAUGGACAUGGCUGUCGUGAAUAUGUAUUUUAAGAAGAGGGAGGAACAUACGGUUACGUACAAGAGUGGAGGAAGAUGCACACAGGUAGAUUACAUCCUAUGCAGAAGAGUUGAUCUGAAGGAGAUUGAAGACUGCAAAGUAGUGGCUGGGGAAUGUGGUAGUCAAAUACCUGGCCAACCCCAGCCUCUCAAGGAGUUUGUCCAUGUGGGGCAUGGGAUAGGCAUUAAACUUGGAGACCUGAUUAAGACGUCUGAAGUCAUUACAGAACCUCCAGGAGCCAUCCAGCUUGGACACAAGGACGAUAGGAAUGGACCAGGGGCUAUGGCUUUCUUUGAUGAUGUCCAUGUCCAACAUACAUUGUACCUCUAG